GUGACUGGCCAGUCUGUGUGUGACUAUCUCAGGUCGAACAAACAGUACGCCCAAAACUAUUGACAAACGUUCAUUUGUGAAAUAAAUUACAUUCAAGCUUAUUUUUUUUAUUAAUAAUUAGUGUAAAGUGAAAAAUGGGAGCUUCUGCAAUUCCGUUGGUAUUUUUUACAGCUCUCUGGGGUGGGGUAGGAAUCGUACUCCCGUUCUUCGUUCCAAAGGGGCCGAAUCGUAGCAUUCUCCAAGUUAUUCUGAUGCUGACAGCCUUCACAUGUUGGUUAUUCUGGUUAUGUUGCUAUAUGGCACAAAUGAAUCCCCUUGUAGGUCCCAAGUUAGACAGUCACACACUCUUGAUGAUAGCACGAGAAUGGGAUGGAAAGCCAAUCACAUUGAAUUAAGCCAACUCCACCAUGUAGGCUAUUAAGCUAUUCGUUUUAUGUAAACCAAACUGUUGAUUUAACAUGAGAAUUACUUCCGAGUACAUUUGCCACUAUUCCUGAGAGUUUAGAAGGGAACUCCCUUUAAUGAAUGUAUAAUUGUGGGAACUACUCAAAGUAUCCAUCUUUAAUUAAUUCUAUCAACACUAAGUGUUAUUUGGAGCCGAUACUGUGUAUAUAAAUAAUAUAUGUUAUAGUUAAAUAAAAUAAUCGUCUGCAUGA